AUGGCGGGUUUGGGGACAGUCACCCCACGGGCAAAGAGACCCCGCAGGGAGAGCAGAGGGGACCUGGGACUCUGGGUCCCCAGGGCUGGGGCUCGCCAGCGGGCCAAGAGCCGGCAGAGAGAAGGGGAGCAGGGGGAGCAUCACCCGCUGCAGGGCUGGGACCCCUGGGGACGCAGCCUGGGCCCCCCCUUGGCACCUGCGACCCCCAGGAAGGGCCAGCUGGUGAAGCUGCGUCUUGAAAGGGAACGUCGCAGGCUGGCGUCUUCUCUCCCCUGCCCUGAGGAAAGGGAGCCUGUGAGCCCCCGGUUGCAGCCCCGCUAUAAGGGUGCCUACUUUUCGGGGCUCCCCACGGAUGAAUGCCAGGACCCUGCCGCCCCCAGCCUGCUGGUCCCUGCCGUCCCAGCGCCUGGCAGGGAUGGUCCCCGGAAGACCCGCAGCAUGCCGGAGCGCACCCUCGUCCUGGAGCUGGAGGGGACCCUGGUCUGCUCCUCUGUGCUCGCCAGCUGGCGACGGGGCACUGCGGCCACCUUCACCACAGACUUCCAGGGAGAUGCCUACGAGGUCCACGUGAAGCUGCGUCCCCACGUGCAGCAGUUCCUGGAGAGCCUUGCCAAGACCUAUGAGAUCUUCAUCUUCACAACUGCGAAGCAGGACUAUGCUGAGAAGGUCCUGGAUGUGCUGGACCCCAAGAAGAAGCUGAUCAGGCACUGCCUCUCCCAGCGGGACUGUCUCUGCGCCCAGGGCUGCUACUGGAAGGACCUGACCUGCCUGGGCAGGGACCUGGCCAAGACGGUGGCCCUGGACCACACCAUCCAGGGCUUCCCCACGCAGGAUGAUGUGCGGACCGAGAUCCAGCGACGGUUCUCGCACCGUGAGCUGCCCGCUGAGCACUAG